CUCAAACCUGCCGUGAUUGACAAUGUACAACAAAUGGUUGUUGAUCAAAUCCAGGGAGUAAUAAUGCCAAUAAAAUUUAUGCUGCAACAAUACAUCGAAUCGGAUCACGUACUUCAGGCAAUCCGUGAUGGCCUGAAGAUUUCAACCGAUGGGUCGUUCAAGUCAUUAGUAGAUGGCUCUAUUUGGCAAUCGAGAACUGCAGAGAUGGUGGACCGAUUGGUCAUACCCAUAAACAUCUUCUUCGACGAUUUCGUUACCGGUGAUACAUCGUCACCCCAUGCAAGGUCCACGUCAAUGUGCGGUGUUUAUUUAAGUGUGGCAUGCCUCCCUCGCUAUCUGUCCGGUAGAUUAUGUAAUAUCCUUACAGCAGGGUUUAUUAAAACACAGGACAAGAAGGAUUUUAGGAACGACCAAACAUUGAAGAAAAUUAUUGCAGACCUAAUUGAUUUGGAAAUCGAUGGACUUGAUAUACAAUCAAAUGGAAAUACAAUUAAGGCAUACUUUGUUAUCGGAUUCGUCGUAGGAGAUAAUCUUGGCGUUAACGGAGUACUAGAUUACGUUGAAUGUUUUAGAGCAAAUCAUUUCUGUCGCGUUUGUAAACGAACUCGUGUUCAGACAGAAUCAGAUUGUUUAGAAUAUCCUAAUUAUUUGAGGUCUGUAGAGAACUAUGAACAGGACAUAGAACUCAAUGACGUAUCGCGAACAGGUUUAAAGGCACGAAGUAUAUUUAAUAACAUACCAUCGUUCCAUGUCAUCCACAACUUUUAUUUCGAUGUUAUGCAUGAUGUGUUAGAAGGCGUAGCUCUGUAUGAUCUACAGCAUAUUUUAUAUUACUUAGUGAACGUCAAACAGUACAUAUCCGUAGUUGAUCUGAAUCACAGGAAAAACUUAUUUGUUUAUGGUAGCUUGAAUUCGAUAACAUACUGGACGACUUCAGGGAAAGCAACAUAA